CACGUAGAAAGCUCGCGCCAAAUUCUGAGGAAGCGUAACUCGCGCAUUGGUAGUUCGUGAAUAGGAUUUACUCAUUCCGCUUGCGCCAUCGCCGUAACGUCGCGCAUGCGUAUUGAGUCCGGGGCAUCUACUGCACUGUCGGGCUUGUGUAUUGGGCUAGCUAGCUGAUCACUUGAGAUGGAUGUGUUCUUAAUGAUCCGGCGUCACAAGACCACCAUCUUUACAGAUGCCAAGGAGUCCACCACAGUCUACGAGCUCAAGCGCAUCGUCGAGGGAAUUCUAAAGAGACCGCCCGAGGACCAGCGGCUCUACAAAGACGAUCAGUUGCUAGAUGACAGCAAAACGUUGGGUGACAGCGGCUUCACCAACCAGACCGCCAGACCGCAGGCACCGGCUACAGUUGGGCUGGCUUUCCGAAUCAGUGAUGAAAUGUUUGAGCAGCUGCACAUCGAGGCCUUCUCCAGCCCCCCCGAGCUCCCCGAUGUGAUGAAGCCUCAGGACUCCGGUAGCACUGCCAGUGAACAGGCCGUACAGUGAUGUGCCACCCCCCCGCACCCCCACCCCGACCUCCCUCCCCUUUCCCUCCCCCCUCCCCCAGGCGACGCGAUUGUGGAAGUGGGGCCGUGUGGAUUAAACUGCAGUGAAGAAGUAGUGGGGGUGGAGGACAUGUAGUGUCAUUUCAGUUGAUGAGCGAGGACAUUCUGGGUAACCGUGCCCCGUCCGUGUUACCUUCAUGCUAUCAUUGCUGCACCCCCCACCUCUCCCCCUCCCCCCUCUUCCCUCCUGAUUGGCUUCACGUAAAUAUGAUUUCCACUUGGGUUCUGCUUGUUGGUUUGGAAAGUGCAAAUGUGUUUGUGUAGGUGUGUUUGACUUAUUCUAAUUAUUUUCAUUAUUAUUGUUUUUUUUUGUUUUUUUUUUUUUUGCAAAAAGUGAAGGUGGUGUAGUACUUUUUAGAAGUAACCUGCAUGGGUAAUGAGUGUAGCGCGUACGUGGGCAAACUGCAUGACCCGAGGGCUUUAUCUUCAACCCAAUCGGAUUAACCUUGUCCUUGUUUCUGUAUUUUACGUCCUUCUGAUUUCUUGUUCUCAUCAGGAAAAUUAAUUUUGUCGGAAGUUAGCGUCAUCUUUUUUUUUGUGUGUGCGCGCGCGCGUGCGCGCGUGUCGUCAUUGUGUCACUUAUUUGUACACGUUUAAUUUCCUGAGACCAAAGGCGGGUACCUCUCGGACACCAGAGGGGGGGGGGGGAGUUAUUUUCAGAUAUUCGUGCCACAAACUUUUGGAAAAUCGUUCUGUCACGCGGCAUCCUUUUUUCUGGCACCUCUCCCCACAAAAACACUCUGUAACUGUGAGCUUGCUUAAUUAAAGGUUUUCCAUUUUUGUUUUUUUA